AUGAGGCGUGUCCAAUGUGCUCCCAGGGACCGGCUGGAAUACCUGGAAUUCCAGGUGUGCCUGGCUAUCCAGGUUGCAAGGGCAAUGCAGGACAAAAAGGAGACCAAGACGCUUCUGCCGGGUACCAACUUUGAUCUCGACACUGGAACAUUCACGUGUACUGUCCCGGGCACCUACGUUUUCAUGUUUUCUGCGACCAAAAAUCCUUCCAGCAACCUGCACGUUCAUCUCCGGAAGAACGGUGACGCGGUUGUCUCUGGCCUUAGUAAUGAUGGAAGUCCCUAUGAGCAGGUGUCUGGGAGCGGGGUGCUGGUUCUGCAGCAAGGAGACAAGGUGUAUCUAACCAUUUACGGUAGGGCGUUUAGUGAAUCCGCCUAUCCGUGGACCUCAUUCAGUGGUUUCCUCCUUUACCCCGAAUGA